AUGCGUAGAGUCUUGGCAGCCGGGGAUCAGUCUGCCAGGGCCUCCACUCCUGGCCGCCACCCAGCACACAAUGCACCCAACCCCUAUGGCGCCUCCUGCGGGUGGUGGGCCUGCGGGAGGAUGGGCCCAUGUUUCCUCUUCGGGCCUUACUCCCCAUGGAAACAGAAUUUCAUUGAUGCAUCGCUAGUCUCCAAGUUCAACAUUGGCACAUGGCUACUGCCUCAUCCUCUCCGCCUGUUCGCCCUGUCCGGUCACCGGUUGCCUGACAUAACGCACAUCACCCUACCUGUCACACUCACUCUCUCCGGUAACCACGUUGAGAACAUUUGCUUCUGUGUGUUUAAGGCACCAGUGACCCCGCUCGUACUAGGUUAUCCAUGGCUUUCACAACACAACCCACACAUCGACUGGAAGAAAGAGCAAGUUAUGGGGUGGAGUAUGGGCUGCCACAUGACUUGCCUUCAGGCCGCCGCGCCUUCUGUCCCUUCUUCCAUCUCCGGGAAGCCUUCUAAAGCGCCAGAGCUAUCUUCAGUUCCUUCCGUCUAUCAUGACCUCACAGCAGUUUUUAGUAAGGAUGAGGCGAGCUCGCUUCCACCACACCGGCCCUAUGACUGUGCCAUCGAUCUUCUCCCUGGGGCGCCUCUGCCCUCUGGCCGCCUCUACAGCCUCACACAGCCCGAAAGGGAAACCAUGGAAAGAUACAUCAAUGACUCUCUGGCUGCCGGGAUAAUUCGCCCGUCAGGUUUCUUCUUUGUUGACAAGAAAGACAAGACGCUCCGGCCGUGUAUUGAUUACCGCGGCCUCAACAAGAUCACUGUAAAGAACAAGUACCCUCUUCCCCUCCUGAAUUCAGCUUUCGAGCUACUCCAGGGGGCCACGGUGUUCAGCAAACUAGACCUGCGAAACGCUUACCACCUGGUGAGAAUCCGGGAAGGAGAUGAGUGGAAGACCGCUUUCAACACACAUAUUGGAAACUUCGAGUAUCUCGUCGUGCCCUUUGGCUUAACCAAUGCGCCCGCGGUCUUCCAGGCCCUAGUUAACGAUGUUCUGAGGGAUUUUAUUAAUCGAUGUGCUUUUGUGUACCUUGAUGACAUUCUCAUUUUCUCUAAGUCCCAGGCAGAGCACGAGAGUCACGUGAGGCAGGUCCUGCAGCGCCUCCUGGAGAACCGACUGUUCGUGAAAGCGGAGAAAUGUGAAUUUCACGUUGACACGGUGGCCUUCCUUGGCUAUAUCAUCUCUCGGGGGGAUCUCAAACCUGACCCUGAGAAGGUCCGGGCCGUGGUGGACUGGCCUCAACCGCCGAACCGCCAGCAACUCCGACGGUUCCUAGGAUUCGCCAACUUCCACCGACGCUUCAUAAAGGACUACAGUAAGAUUGCCUCACCUCUCACCGCACUUACCUCCCCCAAAGUUCCUUUUCAGUGGGACCUCUUUACUCAGGAGGCCUUUUCCCUACUAAAGGAGAAGUUCACUACCACCCCCAUCCUCCGUCAGCCCAACCUCAGGCAACCGUUCGUGGUGGAGGUGGAUGCUUCGGACUCUGGAGUGGGAGCAGUUCUGUCACAGCGAUUCAAAGGGACGCGCCAUCCCUGUGCGUUCUUUUCUCGUCGUCUCUCACCCACAGAACAGAACUACGGCAUCGGUGAUCGGGAGUUGCUAGCGGUCAAACUGGCCCUGGAGGAGUGGAGGCACUGGCUUGAGGGCACGGAACACCCGUUCAUCGUGUGGACCGACCAUAAGAACCUUGAGUACAUCCGGUCCGCCAAAUGCCUAAAUUCACGGCAAGCCAGGUGGGCCCUCUUCUUCACAAGAUUCAAUUUCUCCAUCACUUACAGACCAGGGUCGCGCAACGUGAAGCCCGAUGCACUCUCCCGUCAGUUUUCCAGUAUGGAGGGGGACUCCGAUCCUGAACCGAUUCUUCCAGCUACUUGUGUUAUUGGAGCUGUCACAUGGGAGAUCGAAGCUCUCAUGCGUGAGGCCCAGGAUACUGACCCCGACCCAGGCACGGGCCCCCCUGGAGCCCGCCGCACCAUCACCUUCCUCCAGCGGUUUUUCUGGUGGACCUCCUUGAACAAGGAUGCCAGGGAGUACGUUAUGGCAUGCACCACAUGUGCCCAGAACAAAAGUCCCAACCGACCACCCGCCGGGCUUCUUCAACCGCUCCCCACGCCAGGACGGCCCUGGUCCCAUAUAGCGCUGGACUUCAUUAUGGGGCUCCCAUCGUCAUCAGGUAACGCCACCAUCCUCACUAUCGUUGAUCGUUUUUCUAAGGCAGCUCAUUUCAUUGCCCUCCCAAAGCUCCCUACGGCCCUGGAGACCGCCCAGCUGCUCACCACCCACGUCUUCCGGCUUCAUGGCAUUCCGAUGGACAUCGUCUCCGACCGGGGACCCCAAUUUACCUCUCGGGCUUGGAAGGAGUUCUGCACGCAGAUCGGCACCAAGGUCAGUCUCUCUUCGGGCUUCCACCCUCAGAGCAAUGGACAGACCGAGCGUACCAACCAAGAGCUCGAAGCAGCACUCCGCUGUGUCGUCUCUCACAACCAGACCACUUGGAGCGAGCAACUCCCCUGGAUUGAGUAUGCCCACAACUGCCUGACCUCAUCAGCCACUGGACUGUCGCCGUUCAAAGCCUCACUGGGCUACCAACCACCCCUGUGCCCGGCCGUGGAAGGUGAGCAUACCGUCCCAUCAGUGCAACAUCAUUUCCGCAGGUGCCGCCGGGCCUGGCGGUCCACCCAAGCCGCUCUGCUGCGGACAGCGGAGCGCAAUAAGGCGCUCGCCGACCGCCGCCGGAUCCCUGCACCUGCCUAUACGGUUGGGCAACAGGUAUGGCUCUCCUCACGCUUCAUUCCCAUUCGUGCUGAGUCGAAGAAACUUUCCCCGGCGUUCAUCGGUCCGUUCCAGAUCGAGGCCCUGGUCAAUCCGGUGUCUGUCGGUCUGAAGCUGCCUCGCAACAUGCGUAUCCAUAAUGUUUUCCAUGUCUCCCAGGUCAAACCCGUGCUCUCCAGCCCACUGUGCCCUCCUUCCAGGCCCCCUCCGCCCGCCCGGCUCGUGGAUGGGCAGGAAGUGUUUAACAUCACCCGCAUUAUGGACUCUCGGCGGCGGGGGAGGGGCAUUCAGUACCUGGUGGACUGGGAGGGCUACGGGCCAGGGGAAUGUUCCUGGGUGCCCCGGUCGGCAGUUCUGGCUCCUGGUCUGCUCCGCGGGUUUCACCGGCGGCAUCCGGGCCUAAUUAAUGGGCUGCAGAAAGCCCAAGAGACAAUACGAGCACGGGAGUUAGUAGACAACGUCCUCUGUGCCGAAGCCGCAGCAACGGACAGAGUGUGCCAGGAAACAGUGGCAGAACAUGGCGCUCAGUAUAAAACAGGGUUUGCUCAGAAGAAAGAAGCUCAGAGACUGUUGGUGUACACGUCUCUAGAGUUUGUGAGGGGGGCUGGCGCCCAGCUGGUCCCUGCUCUGGUUUCCAGGCCGGCUGAGGCUCUGCUGGCCCCCUGCACCCGUAUCAGCUCCUCGGGUGGAGACAGCAGCUGCCCAGUUGCUGCCAGAACCUGCGUCAACCCCCAAGGUGAGGUUCUCCAGGACACAGCUAACCUCCGCACCCAUACCCACUACUCAGCAACCUUAAAACUGUCCACUUCCACCCAUGGCAACCUUGAAACUGCCCGCUCCUACGAGAUUUGCGUUGGGACCCACUGGACCCCAGCUUCAAUGCAGGAGUUCUACUACAUACCUGAGGACAGCGGAACACAGGACUGCAAGACACACGGGGUGUGCGAAGGCACAGGGGUCGAGAGCAUGAAAUACCAGCACUUAGGAGAAGACACGUCACGGGAGUCGAGGGAGCACUUUGGAGAUUUAUUGUGUGGUCCAGACCGUGACAGAACGAUCCUGCCAGACGGACCCAGCGGACUUUUCGGAGAGGUUCAGGAGGGAGGUGACAGAAUAAUUCCACCAACCACCAUGGACCAAGCAGACUCGGGAGUCGCCAUGGAGGAGGGAUCAUUCACACAGCUGUGGGGUUACUGCCGAAGCGACCCGGUGCAAGAACCUGAGCCUGCCACUACAGACAAUCGGGAGACUGAGAUUCUCCCCAGGGCUUCCCCAGAGGCUGAACUGGAGGCCUCAGUUGCCUCUGGCCCCCUGGAAAUUGCUGAGCCAGCGGUAACAUUGUUCUCCUCUCCACCCUUCAUGUUAGACAUAUCACCCCCUAUUCUGUCUGCCGCCCAGCUAGUCGCUCAACUGUCAUCCGUUCCAUCGUCCGCAUCCACUGCUCUACCUCCACAUCCACUGCCUGCUGCUGCCGUGUCGCCGUCAUCACCGCCAGGUGAGGAGCUCACCGAGCAGGAGGAGCCCGCGCCGCAGCCGGUGGAGCUCAGCGAGCGGGAGGAGCCCGCGCCGCAGCCGGUGGAGCUCAGCGAGCGGGAGCCGGAGCUCAGCAAGCAGGAGCCGGAGCUCAGCGUGCCACCAGCUGAGGAGUUCAACGAACCGGAGGGACCGGCGUUGCCAGCGGAAGACCUCGGCAAGCGGGAGGAGCCCGUGCUGCCAGCGGAAGACCUCGGCGAGCCGGAGGGACCCGCUCAGCCGAAGCCGGAGCGCGCCCUCCAUGCCAUCCACGUCCAGUGCGUCCAUGUCAGCGACCAGCGCGUCAUAGGCCAUGUGCCACACCUCGCUGUUGCUCAACGGAGCAGCGCCGUUGCCAUCGGACCCGGGGCAGGCCGCCGGAGGAGCAGCGCCGCUGCUGCCACCGGACCUGUGGCAGGCCACCAGAACCGUUUCGCCGCUGCUGCCGGACCUGUGGCCGCCCGCCGGAGCUGCUGCGUUUCCAUCAAGGGGUUAGAGUGUGAGCAGUUGUUGGAAGACAUAAGGCCCGUCUGGAACAUCCGAUGA